AUGCAGAGCAAGUCGCCGAUGGAUGGUCAAAAAGGGAACGAGGCGGCCAACGCGCAACAGCAAUUGAAGAAGAAAAGUCCUGAAGAGCUGGCCCAGAUGGCAAUCGUCAAUCGUGCAUUUUCCGCGGAGUCCGCCGACGAGCCGCCGCCAGCACUCGGACAAAAACGAUCGGAAUCCACAUUGGAGCCGUUGAAUAAUCAGUUGAAGUCGGUGCCACUGGUGAAGGCGUUCAACUCGGCGGAGAAUCAAUUGGAUCAAAAAAAUCAGAAGAAGAAGUGA